AUGGAAGGGGUUCAAAAGCCACAGGGGUCUGUUGUAAUCAUCGGAGCUGGUACUCAAGGUAGACGUCUUGCGCACAUGUGGUCGAGCCGAGGCGGCACCGUCCGUCUGGUAGAUCCCCAAGAGAAACAGCUUCAAGAUGGUCUGAAUGCAUGGCUCGUUGUUGAGUGUGUGCCGGAGAACUUGGACCUUAAGCGAAAAGUUAUCACUCAACUUGAUGAGCUUGCACCUGAAGAUACAAUCAUUGCUUCGAACUCGAGUAGCUACGGAAUCUUUGAGAUUAUCGAUGGCAUGAGCUUGAAGAACAACAAGAGAAUUAUGAGCGCGCACUGCUAUUGGCCGCCAGAGACAUCCGCAAUUGAAAUCAUGGGCCACAAGGAUAGCGAUCCUAAGCUGAUUGAGCUCGUCCUGGAGCAAUGUAAAGAACAUGGGUUCUCGCCUUUCUACGUCAAAAAAGACUCUGUCGGCUACAUAUACAACAGAAUCUGGGCUGCUAUCAAGCGAGAGACUCUGCUCACAUUGUCUGAAGGUGUUGCCACACCCAAAGAAAUCGAUGCCAUUUUCAAAGACGUCUUGAAGACGCCCAAGGGCCCAUGUGAACAGAUGGAUGUUGUCGGCUUGGAUGUGGUGUUGGACAUCGAGAAUCACUACGCCGAGUCUCGGAGCGGAAUUCCUACAGAGCCGCGAGACUACCUUCGGGAGAUGAUUCAAGGUGGAAGUCUGGGUGUCAAAAAUGGCCGGGGAUUUUACGACUAUGAAGAACAAAAGAAGUGA